CUAAAGGUCCUUGGGUACCUCCGUGGGCUGCGGCUAUUGGUUAGAAUACCUGUUUGGCAAUUUUUCUAAAAAUGUAAAUACACAGGUGGCAGGAGGCGACAUGGGCUGGAGUGUGGUUUAUGUAAAUAAAACAGAAGUGAAACCGCGCCGCUGUGUUCUGGUUUCCACGCGCAGCAGACUCACUCAAACGCAAUGUUCGACACACAGUUGGAGGGAAGACUUUAGAGCUUAACAAGAGGUGCCAGCUGUGCGGUCAUGCCUGUGCUCAGGGCCUCUGCGGUGCUGCAGAUCGCGCUGCUGCUCUCCGCCGUGCCCGCGCAGUACUUCAUCUCCCGGUGGAGCGGCUCCUCGGCGGCGCAGCGCUACCAUGCGACCACGCGAUUGCUUCGAAUAUGGAGAGAAUGGAGAAAAUCAUACAUGAAUGUAACUGCAUGGUCAGACUGGACAAGCCAGCAGAUGUCCAAAGCCAUGUCUCUGGUUGGAUUGGGACAGGACGAUCAAGCGGGGCAAGGGUCACCUCCCGUGGAGACCAUGCUUUUUGACAAUGACCUGGGAUUCUUUGGAGCAUCCAAGACGGCGCGCAGCCCUCGUCCCCCGUAUGUGUUUCUGCGGGUCGGAGAGGUGGUGUUGGAGACAAAAGGCCACAUGGUCGGAGUAGUGGUGAGCUGGGACCCUGAACUGCAAGCUCCUCCAGAAUGGGUUGACAGAAUGUACUCCGGCUCUGAUGACACAAGAGCAGAAAAGACACCUCAUUACAAGGUGAUCUUUGGAGGACCUGGACCCUCCUCUGUCAUAGUAGCAUACUUGCCUCAGACACAGCUGGAGCGCAUCACAGGGAUGAGGCCGGACAUUCCCACCCUGGAGAACUACUUCACGCACUUUAAUGGGAAACGCUUUGUUAUGCAGCCCUGGCUCAGAGAGCUCUUCCCAGAAGACGAGGAGGAUGAUGAGGGCGAGGACCUUUGACUCUGCAGUAUAAAAGCCUUAGCCAAGAGACAGUUUCAUCCUUUGGCUUCUGUGGUUUUCUUCAGCCUGGUUCUUCUUUUUGAUUGUCUACUGGAGUCCGACGAGUGGACACGAAAUGCCGUCUUUAAGAGUCAUUGACCCGUUAGCCUCAAGUAAAAAUAGGAGUUAAGAGUGAUCAUCGAACCCUGCCUUUAACAGAGUUGAAGAUAAAUUAUCAAAGAUGAAGAAAUGUGAUUAAGCUUCUGAAUUACCACAUUUA